UUGAAAUUCGAAUUGAGCUUCAAACUUGCUCGUGGUAAAACAGAAGGACUGGGCAAGCCACUUGAAUUCCGUGCAUUUGUGAAUAGUACAAGUGAAGAGAACAACCUUGACGAUAAUGACUGGCAGGCGGUUGUUCGCGUGAUUAAACGAGCUGAACUCGAUAUGACCGCUGUUUCGGAUCCUCCGAUUGUUAGGUUUGGCGGUGAUUUGAAAGGUGAAACCGGGAUGGAAUUUGAUGAAGAUAUUGGUCCGUUAGUUGUACAUAAAUACACGAUCACAAAUCAGGGACCGUGGUCUGUUAAUAACGUAACGGUUCAGGUGGAUUGGCCAUACCAAGUAGCCAGUGUCUUCUCAAAGGGCAAAUGGGCGUUAUAUCUGAUGGAAAUGCCAACGAUACAAACGACGAACACGGAUAACGAGAACAUUGUCAAGCAAUGUUCGAUGGCAUUACCCACUGAGUGGGUUAAUCCACUGCAGUUGAAAUUGUAUUUGGAUUCAGGAACGUCCUUUGAUUCAGAAGCUGAU